CGCUGGCAGUGCUGUACGUGGGAGCGGAGCUGCCGUCGGAUAUGCUGCUACUGCCGCCAUCGUGCAGUCCCAUGCACAUCAAUAUGGUGAUUCGCCAUGGCACGAGAUUUCCCACUACAAAGGUGAUUCAGUCCAUUGCGGCUGUGACUGCCAAGUUGAAAUCCGCUGCACUUACAUCGUCGAUUCCAUCAUGGGUCGAGUCGUGGGCAAUCGAAUCGUACUAUCCCAUCGAAGAAAGUGGAAUGUUGGCGGACGCAGGAGUCGAUGAGAUGGUCGGUCUGGGUCAACGCAUUCGCCUCAAGUAUGCACAUUCGUUUCCAACUGCGUUUGACAAGACGAGCUACACCUUUGAGCACACUUGGAAAGAUCGCACGCGAGAAAGCGCAGCUUCGUAUACAAGCACCAUGUCUUUCCAUCGUGUCGCUUCACGUGACUGGUGUAGGUUUGCGUUUGGGUUCUUCGGCGGCCACCAACCUGUUCAUUACGAAGUUGCUGCAAAGGGAAAAGACGAAGAGUUGCGAUUUUUUGACAACUGUCCUGUCUACGAGCAGGAAGUUGAGAGAAACCUCUCGGCUACAGCUCAGCACGACCUCUUUGCUACAAGCGAUGCGCUGACACAGGCUCAGCGCCACCUGCAAGAUGCACUCCACAUCCCUUCGUUGACGUUAAAGGACCUCAGCGCUAUCUAUGAUGCAUGCGCGUUCGAUGUCGCCGUGCAUGGAAUAUUCGAUCACUGGUGCACGCUGAUGCCUCUGGACGUGCUUCAAGUCAUGGAGUACUGGAAAGAGCUCAAGCAAUAUUACCGAAAAAGCCACGGUAACUCAAUGUCCGUGGCGAUUGCGUCGCCGCUUCUUCGCGAUGUGGUUGAGGCCAUGGUGAACUUUACAACCAGCCCCAACGAGUAUGGAGUUCAAGGCCAUUUUCGAUUUGCCCAUGCCGAGACCCUUCUGCCAUUGCUGAGUCUCCUGGGGUUCCAAAGCAACGACCCCAAACUACUGGCAACAGCGACACCGCCAUACGAUCGGCACUUUCGAUCCGCCGAACUCGCACCGUUUGGCGGUAAUGUCGCUUUCGUUCUCUAUCGCUGCACACACGAUAGUGAGCCGUUGGUACAAGUCGUCGUAAACGAGCGGCAAGUGGCGACACCUGGUCUCGGCUGCGUUUUGUGUCCGCUAUCCGAAUGGAUCCGCCACUUCGAUCAUUGGGCGAUCCCAGCAACAUUCAACCAAAUCUGUUCAAUACCAUAACACCGCCCCACUUCGUCAAUACACUGAACUCCACACAGUGGCUGUCCGCA